GGUGCUGCGGCCACCUGGGGUCCCAAAGGGCAGAGGUCCUGGGACCCCAAGGCGCGCCCGGGCCCGCAAGGCCACCGGGGGAGCUCAGGCAGUGGGCUGAGCCGGCAGAGGCCUGGCCGGGCGGGGCGAGCUUCUUUACCGCUGUCGCUCGUGUGUUCUGCCCCUGCCGCCUCUUUUCGCUGGGACCUACUUCCUUAUUGGUGCAAUGAGGGGCUGAGACGAGGUGCUUUCCAGCUUUGCGGGUUUCCGGGAGGGGGAUUCCAAGUAGCGCGCGUUCUUGGAGGGCGCCUUGGGCUCUGGCUUGGCGCGCCCUCCCUUGCCAGCGCUCUACGGAGCGCUCCGGAAGGAGAAAAAUGGGGUCAGGAGAGGCCCCCGCAAUGGGAACAUUGGAUUAAUUACCUUCGAGGUGUUCUCUUUUCGGACAUCUCAUGCCCUUCUCGGCCCUUCCCGCCGCCGAAUUUUAAGGCUUGGAUUUUCCAAACCUUCAGGGUUUGGCGCUGUGCAAGAGGCAGGCUGCAGGUAGCCGCCAGCGUUGCUGGAGGGAGGUCUGGCGGGGCGAGGUACUGGGCGGUGCGGGGCGUGCACGAUUGCGGGAGAAGAGCUACAGCCUCAGUCCACCCGGCAGAGCUAAGGCAGUGGCCGAAGGAACUCCGAAUCGCUCCUGGGAAGGCGGAGCUGACCUGGAAACCUGUCCUUGGCCACUGUCCUAUCUAAGGAGCUCACCUUCCAGAGCCCGCCUGCACAGAACUGGCAGGGGACCCUCUUAGGAGCAGAGGUGAUGGCGAUCUUCAGGCAGCUGUCCCUGGGCGCAAAGGCCGCCCUGGCAGCCGGCACUGUCUUCGUGUCCAUGGUCGUCUCCCGCUCCUACCUGGCAGAGAGCCUCGAGCUCAGGGCCUGGCGGUGGCUGUUCCGCCUGCAGCUCGCCCUGUUUGCCAACUCGCUCAUGCUCCUCGGUUCCCUCUACAUCUGGCGAAGCACCGUCAGCAACCUCAGCCACUCCCCUGCUGCAGAGUCGGCCUGUUUCCAGCUUUGGAAGAUGGCUGUUGUGGCCUUCCUGGCCCUGGCCCAUUCCAGUUUCUUCACCAUGCUCUUUCUAGUGGCCGAGGAGCCCUAUCUCUUUUCCCUGGCGGCCUACUCCUGCCUCGGGGCAUACAUCAUCAUGGUCUGCUUCCUCUGUACCCUCAGUGGCAUGGAGCAGGCCUACCAGCUCCUGGCUUUGCGCGCCGGCAGGGUGGUGGGCAGCCUUGACAAGACAAGGAAGCUGGCGCUCAGGCCAGCGCUGGCGGUGCUGGUGUCCGCCGUGCUCAGUGUGGUAGGGCUGCUGAACGCUGCCCAGCCCCCGGCUGUGAAAACCGUGGAGGUGCCCAUCCAUUGGCUGCCCGCCUCCAUGGACAACCUCAAGAUCGCGCUGCUCUCGGACAUCCACUUGGGCCCCACGGUGGGCAGGACCAAGAUGGAGAUGUUCGUGAAGAUGGUGAACACGCUGGAGCCGGAUGUCACAGUGAUUGUGGGUGACCUGUGCGAUGCUGAAGCCUCUGUCCUCCGGACAGCCGUCGCUCCUCUGGGCCAGCUUCAUUCACGCCUCGGCACCUACUUCGUCACGGGGAAUCACGAGUACUACACAUCAGAUGUCAGCAACUGGUUUGCGCUGCUGGAAUCCCUGAACGUCACGCCCCUUCACAAUCAGAAUGUGAAGAUUUCUGCCACCCGGGCCCAGCCUGGCAGGGGUGAGGAUGAUGACUGGAUCUGCUUGGCCGGGGUGGAUGACAUCGAAGCAGACAUCCUGCACUACUCUGGCCAUGGCAUGGAUCUUGAGAAGGCUCUGGGGGGCUGCAGCCCGGACCACACCACCAUCUUGCUAGCUCAUCAGCCCCUGGCUGCCAAGAGAGCUCUCCAGGCUCGGCCAGAUAUCAACUUGAUCCUUUCUGGGCACACUCACGCUGGGCAGAUCUUCCCCUUGAAUGUGGCAGCCUAUCUCCUGAACCCCUUCUUUGCUGGUCUGUACCAAGUGGCCCAGACUACAUUUGUUUAUGUGAGCCCAGGCACGGCCUACUAUGGGAUACCCAUGCGACUGGGCAGCAGGGCGGAGAUUACAGAGCUCGUCCUGCAGCGGGUUCCCUGAACCCACCCCUGCCCCGUGCACCUCGUCAUUGCCCUUGCCCUCCGUCCCCGACCCUCUGCAGACCAGGCUGCCUGCUUUAUCCCCUCCAGUCUCUCCUGCCAGCACACGCUUGUCACAAGACUGGCUUGCACCGUGAUCAGUGGUGGGGCUGCCUGGCAAGUCCAGGCACGUUAACUCUGUAGAUGGCCAUCUGCUUCUUUCCGUGCAUUUGUGAGGCCACUAAAGUCGCAUGUGUAGGAAC